AUGAAUUCAUUUGGCAUGCCAGCCGAAAUUGCUGGUAAAUUAUCGAAAUGGGUUGAACUGAAGGACCCAGAUAAACACGACUCGGUGCUUAGUCUUUUUAGAAACUACGGAUUCUCAGAUACUCAGAUAUACAGAACCGUGAGAUCCUUUCCUCAUGUACUUUUAUUAAAUCCUGAGCACACGCUUUCGCCCAAACUAAAGUACCUCCAUUCUGUAGGAUUUUCACCUUCUGAAAUUCCAGGACUAGUCUCUUCUAACCCUACAUUACUAAUUUUUAGCUUAGAGAAACGUAUAAUUCCCCACUAUGAGGCCCUUAAAGGAGUACUUGGUGACGAUUGGAAAGUAAGGAAAUGUUUGAAAAACUCAAGGUGGAACGCUUGCUCUUAUGGUGUAAUGAAUAUAGUUCCAAACGUAAAGGUUUUGAGAGAUGAAGGAGUUCCUCAAUCUUCUGUCUUUACUCUGUUAUCUAGAGGUGCCAAUAUAGCAUUUAUGAAUCAAUCAAAGUUUGUUGAAUGUGUCAACUCUGUCAAGGAAAUAGGAAUCGAACCUUUCACGCGUGUGUUUGUUGAUGCACUUGUAGUUAUAACAAUGUUGAAUAAAUCAACCUGGGAGUUGAAACUGGAUAUCUUUGAGAGGUGUGGGUGGUCCAGGGAUGUCACUCUUUUGGCAUUCAGUAAGGUUCCACGCAUUAUGUUUUUCUCAGAGCAAAAAUCACAAGCAACAUGA